GUGCCGGGGGGGGCGGUCAGGAAGGCGGUGUGGGUAGGGGGUGCGGUAGGAAGCUGGCCCUCGAAGUAGGAGAGAAACUCAAGAUGGAGGGAAAACGGGGAAUUCGGUUGGGCUCAUCUCCCCGGGCCUGCUAGACGCCGCGCUCCUGCAGCCCUGGUUUUCAUCUCUGGACGUCGUGGUGGCGGUACCUGUUCCCGCCCCUGCAGACCCUGGGGAUUCCAGUGGUGAGAGCUGCAGGGCGGGAGGGAGUCAAAGGGAGCUCAUCCCGACGCCACACCCACAGCACACACGCCUCGAAGUGCAGACCGAGACUCAGAAAGUCGGGCAGGUUCCGCCAAAGAUGCACACACAGUGACAGCCACUGCUGACUCCCUGGGGUAGGUCUCUCACCAUUUCCCACCUGGACCCACAGCCUCGCAAAGGUGGCGACUUCCUCAGGGUCACAGGCCUGGUAGGAGGCAGAGCCGGGGCCCAGCCCAGCAGGCUGGCGGCAGAGGCUCUAUAUUUAAGCGUCGGCGUGGUCCGCCCCUCAGUGGCCCAUGGCAGGUGAACAGCAGUGCUGCUCCCACCGAGUGCUCAGGAAAGGCCACUGUCGCCAGUGCCGUUCUCGUCGUCCUGAUUUUACAGAGGAGAGACAGCCAGAGAGCUCAGAGGGAGUGAGUGCCACAGACCUGAGUCCCAGACCUGGGGCACCUGUACAGACACCCUGCCCUCCCCAUCUGCACAACGCAGCUGCUGCUUUUUAGGGGAGCCAAAGCGUGGGGCUCAGAUGUGAGGGCAGUGUGUUCAGGCCUGCCUUGAGCAGAGAGGACUUGGCAGGGGGCCUGUCAACCCCACCCUGGAGUGGGAGGCCUUGUGGUAGCUGGGAGGUCUGAGUCCUGAGCUGUCUUCACCAGGCUGUGCUGUGUGUCCCUGGGUGCUCCCUCAAUCUCUCUCUUCUGCCUGGAAGGCUACUGGGCCCUGCCUUUUUGGAGGAGGGUUUGAGGGGUCUUAGAAGAAAGGAGUGGGGUGCUUUCUGACCCCCAGAGGGAGAGUGGCAGCAGGGGUCCAGGCUCUUGGGUAUGUGGAUGGAGCAGGGCAGGGCCGCAGCAGGAACAGAUGACCCUGCCUUCUUCCUGCCCAAGCAGAAUCCCUCCCACCUCCUGCAGAGGCAGCCUGGGGGUGGAAGCUGGAAUGUAGCAUCCAGCGCUUUGCAUUUAGAGGGACAGGUUUCUCUGCCACUCAACACCCUGUGAUCUGGAGCCACCCACUAGUCUCUGAGCCUCUGUCAUCUCUCUCCUCUUGCCCCUGGGACGUCUGUGCUUUGGAUUAUCGAGCAGCUCUUGGGGACCCUGUGCUGGCCUUUGCAUUGCAUGAACCGAACUUAAUGUGAGGUUAGAAUGUGAUUGCAGGUUUGCCUGUGGAUGGCGAGUGAGUCAUAUUCCCUCUCGCCUGAGUAUCCUCAUCAGUAAAAUGGGGCAAACGUUCCUGCCCAGCUCUUAGGUCAUUCGGUCUUAGGGAGACCAGUGAGAAGAUGAUCAGGUUGGGACUUGCCCAGACAAUGCGGGAGACCCUAGAACCCCAAUUUUUCCACAGAACUUCACAGCAGAUGCCUGGGCAAGGGUAAGCCACCCCUCCCUGUGGUUUCUGGAACCCACUGGGCCACACUUCCAGGAUCCGUGGCUUCCUGAGCCGCUGUGCUCCGUAAGAUGAAAGUAACAGAACCUGGCUCUGAGAGGGCAGGGGUGGGGGUGGAGGUGGGGUGGCCUGAUGACAGUGAGGACGCAGGAGGUGUGCAGGCUAUGUCCCCACAUUGGGGUGUAAGGCCUGAGACUUUGGUGAGCCUGAGGGGAUUCACAGGGAAGUCUGGAUUUCUGCUUCUCUGGAAAAUCUGGUAAAAUUGAGCGUCUUUUGCACUUGCUCCAGAGUGAUUCUGCACGUGCCCAGAAAGGUUUUUCAGGUCAGGGGGAGAUGUUCUUGGCCUCUGGUUCUGGGGGGAUCCCUGAGGGGCUGUGGAGAUGUGCUGAGGGCUUCCCAGGGGAGUAAACCAGAGGAUGGUGCAUGAGAGAAGACAGGGCGGGGGUUUCCUGGCGCUGUAGCAUGAGGGGCGAGGGUCAGAGCCCUUCCUUGGGCAUCCACCACCCAGUGUGCGCCAGGCCCUGUGGGGCAGGGGAGCCGGCCACAGAGAGACCUUCUGCUGUCAGGAGGCAGGGUGGUAACAGUCCUGCUUGUCCUGAGGAAGCCAGAGCAGUCAACUGCCAGAAGACAGGGCAGGGGGCUCGGGGAGGCAGCCUUUGGGCUCAGCCCCAAUGGUUGAGCAGGGUUUUGCCAGAAGUGAGUAGGGAGUGUUGCGGAUGUUUUAGGCAGAGAGAAUGGUACAGUCAGAGGCUUGGUGGCUUCAAUGUUCAGAACUGGAUUGUGGCUGAAGAGUGGCUUUCUGAGAGUGGGGAGUAGUGAGGUACUGUUCUCUGUGGCCUCAGGCAAGUCACUUCGCCUCCUGGAGCCUCAGAUCCUAACCUGUCAAAUGAGCCUGGUUACCCACUGGUGUCUGCUUCCCAGUGAAGGCUGGACAGCAGUGCAUUCAAAAUGCUGAGUCCCUCAGGCCAGGAGGGGUUUAUUGAGACAUGAAGCAAUUGUGACAGGGCUGUGAGCAAAUGAAAUGGCAUGAAGUGAAGAUCAGGGUGCAUCUAGCCUUGUGUUCAGAGAUGGAGGAGUUCAGUACAAGCUGGAGACUUCACAAACAGCUUCCUGUAAGAGUAACUUCAGUGCUGUCAGACUGUGGCCUUGGACCUGUGUGAUCGGCUCUCCAAUGUGCAUUUACCACAUCAGGCCUCCUCGUGCUGGACACAAGCUGGUCACUGGGCCCUGCCCACCCCUCUGCCAACUGCGCGAGCCUAAGUCGCGUGGGAGAAGUGUGAAUUCCAGCCCUUAUACUUCCUGUGCGGCCUUGGCCGGCUGCCGUCCUCUGAGGUGGAGAAGAGACCCCUUGCAGGCUUGUAAAGCCCAGCACAGGGGAAACGUUCUUGCCGCCGUCGGCAGGAAGGAACAAGGUGGUAAGGAGACAGCACGCUGGCUCCCUGGCUGUGUCAUCAGGAGGCCACACUUAAAGCUGGGUAUGAAAGAUGUGCAGGAGUUUCAUCCGAUGGACAAGGGCUGGAGGGGCUUCCCUGUGGCAGGAACAGCAAGGGCUGGUCCUGUUUGAUGCACCCUUCAGCUGUGCAGGGCCUGACAGAUUCCAGAGCUUUCCCUGCCAGAGCCUCGUCCCAACCUCUGAAGUUAAAUGAAUAGUCCCCCACCUGGAGCCCCAGCUCCCAGCCGAGGGAGGAGACCUGCUCCCCUCCCCCCAUUUCCGUCUGCUCAGCUUCCUCCCUGAGGUUCUUGCUUCCCCUUUUUUCUCAGCAAGCCUCACCUCCCUCUUGGGGGCUGGGUUGGUUGUGUCUGUCAGUGGCCAGCUUCCUUCAUCGCCUCCUAUGAAGCCUUGGGCUGGACCCCACUCCCUGUCGAUGCAGUGAGGGUGCAGUGAGGGGCUUGUGGUCAGCCCACCUCCCAGCUUUGACACUUGGGCAAGUCUCUUCCUCUCUCUGAGCCUCAGUUUCCUCUUCUGUAAAUCAGAACUACCAACACCUUCCUUGACGAGCAGGUGAAGUGGCACUUGGGUAGGCACUGUGGGGACAGGUUAUGGAAGGAAGGAAAACUGACUUGCCUCGGACUAGGAGCCCCCAAGGGUAAGAACCGGGUCAGAACUUCUUACCUGGCAGUAGUGGAAAGAGGGCUGGGCCCCAGGCCUGACUGGAGUCCCCCCCCAGGAACCCCAGCUGCCUCGAGGCCAAAGUUUAGACCCGCACCCAGGACAGGGUGCCCUGGGGAUCCCACCCUGAGGGAGCCUCACCAGAGCCAUGUGGCCCAGAACCAUGUUGGCCAGCCCUGUGAACUCACCACAGCCCUCGGUGAACUCCAUCCCACUUCGCAGAGCAGGAAACUGAGGCCUGGCUCCCUGCAGGCUAAGCCUGUCCCUGUCUGUCAGCCUUGGAGCCUAGUGCCGAGAAGAGGGCCACACCCAAAGUGCACGCGGCACGCGGCACGUGGUGCCUGGGGGCGUGGUGGAUGUCAGUGGCCCCUGGAAUCGGACUGCAGAGGUUUGAUUCUGUCUCCCUGAUCCCUGAGGGGGCAAGUAACUGGACUUCUCUGUGCCUCACUUUCUUUGUCUGUUUGUCUCUUAGGGUUGUGAGCCCCGGCCCAGCCCCUCCACCCUUCUGCCACCCCUGAUGCGACCAUGGGCCCUGGCAGUGACUAGGUGGCCGCCCUCUGCCCCUGCGGGUCAGUGGCGAUUCUCUGCAGGAGCCAGCAGCACCCCGGGCCAGCUCCGGGGAAGCCCCGGCCGCGAGGGCCCCCUGGCCGGCCCGCCUGCCCAGGAUGAGCGCUUACCCUCCCAGCAGCCGCUGCCCCGGCCACCACACCUCCCCGUAGAGGAGCGCCGCGCCUCGGCUCCUGCCGGCGGGAGCCCACGGAUGCUGCACCCGGCCUCCCAGCAAAGCCCGUUCAUGGUUGACCUCCACGAGCAGGUGCACCAGGGACCUGUCCCUCUGUCCUACACAGUCACCACAGUGACAACCCAAGGCUUCCCCUUGCCUACAAGCCAACACAUCCCUGGCUGCAGUGCCCAGCAGCUCCCAGCAUGCUCCGUGAUGUUCAGUGGGCAGCACUACCCCCUCUGCUGCCUCCCACCCCCGCUGAUCCAGGCGUGUACCAUGCAGCAGCUCCCCGUGCCCUAUCAGGCCUACCCUCACCUCAUCUCCAGUGACCACUACGUCCUGCACCCCCCCCCGCCAGCCCCACACCCCCAGCCCGCCCACAUGGCGCCUCUUGGGCAGUUUGUGUCGCUGCAGACCCAGCACCCGCGUAUGCCCCUGCAGCGGCUCGACAAUGACGUGGACCUGCGGGGGGACCAGCACCCCCUGGGGAGCUUCACCUACUCCACCUCUGCCCCGGGCCCGGCCCUGUCCCCGUCCGUGCCUCUUCACUACCUGCCCCACGACCCACUGCACCAGGAGCUGUCCUUCGGCAUGCCGUAUUCCCACAUGAUGCCACGGAGACUGGGCACCCAGAGAUACCGCCUGCAACAGCCGCUGCCCCCGCCACCCCCGCCGCCGCCCCCACCCCCGUAUUACCCCAGCUUCCUGCCCUACUUCCUCUCGAUGCUGCCAAUGUCACCAACAGCAGUGGGGCCCACCAUCAGCCUGGAUCUUGACGUGGAUGACGUGGAGAUGGAGAACUAUGAGGCCCUUCUGAACCUGGCGGAGCGGCUGGGAGACGCCAAGCCCCGAGGUCUCACCAAAGCGGACAUCGAGCAGCUUCCGUCGUACCGCUUCAACCCAGACAGCCAUCAGUCGGAGCAGACGCUGUGUGUCGUCUGCUUCAGCGACUUCGAGGCGCGGCAGCUGCUCCGAGUGCUCCCCUGCAACCACGAGUUCCACACCAAGUGUGUCGACAAGUGGUUGAAGGCCAACCGGACGUGUCCCAUUUGCCGGGCUGACGCCUCCGAGGUGCCCAGGGAGGCUGAGUGAGGCGCACCGCUGCCCAGGAGAGCCCUGCCUGAAGCUCUGGAAACUCACGGGGACCCAGGGAGGACGGGGAGGGAGUGGCCCUGGCCUGCCCCGUCUCCUGCCUGCCUCUCCAGAGCUGGUGCCAGGCUCAGCCCCGAGAGAAGCCCCUGCAAUAAGCCCCUGCGUUUGCCAAGCUCCAAAGACUCCUCUCCCAAUCUGCCUGCCAGUCCACCUGCCACGGAGCCGCCUGCGUGUCCCUGACUCGGUCUCCCUCCUGUUUGCCCAUGGGUCUAUCUCCUUUCUUGCCCGUGCUGGGAGCCAGGGGUCCAUUCCCCCAGUGCGGCUGGUGGAGAUCUUUGGCCCCAGGAUGGGCAAAGGGAGCACCAUCCUGGGGUGGCCUGGUCUCUUGCACUGAAAUGGUGUGCCCUCUGCCCAGGUGGCACUGACAGGCGCACGGACAGACGGUGGCAUGAGGCCAUUGCCUGAGCCCCAGGCCUGGGUCCUCCUGUCUUGACACCCCCCACACACAGACUCAGGCAGCCAGCCCCGCCCAGGCUGCUGUGAGGGGUGGGUCUGGCUCCCUAGGGGAUCCUCACCCCAGGCACAACAUUCCAGCCCCACCCCCAGGCUGGAGGGUGUCAGAGCCAGCCUCCUCAGCAGAUGGGAGUCAGGCCCUGAGCCGGGGGGCAUGCAUCUUGAGGGCCUGGGCUACGGUUGGGAAAGCGACCUGUGUUCCUGUGGCUGCCCCUUCCUGGCAGUGACAGGGCCAGCCCCACGCCCAAUCUCCCCCUCUGUCUUUUUGCAUGAAUGUGCGGAACAGCAGUUUUUGUUUAUUCAUUUGGCCCAAAAUCGCGUGUAGGAUUUGGGGGUGUGGAUUUUUAAACAAUUUGUUUUCUUUUGGUUUAAAUGGGGGGUAUAGGGACCAACCAGGACCAAAUGCCCAGGGGGCAGGGAAUGGUCCGGUGGAGCCGCCUGGUCCGCAUGCAUGUGCACGGCUGGGGUGGGCCGGCGGCUGGUGGUCAUGGGCGGGGUUGGGGUCUGUGCUCAGCUGAUAACUGCCAUGCACUGCACUGCACACGUCCCCAGAGCCUCCCGGGACCGGACGCUUUUCAGGGCAUUUCUCCUCCAGCCAGGGCCCGGCUCCCACCUGCCUGGGUGAGUCUCCUCCAAGGGAGUCCUGGGGGGACAGGGACCAGGGCGGGCAUGGACCCCACCUCUAGGGGCCUCCUCCCAGCCUGAGCCCUGCUCUCCAAGGUCAGGAGGAGCCCCCUUGUAGGGUCUGGCUGGGCUCCCACUCUCUCCCUCGUGGUCCCAUUCCUUUCCUUCCUUACCCCCAGCUGGGGUUGCUGCCCUGAACGAACUGCGUGUGGGGCCGGCACAUCCUAGCAGGCAGCCCCUGGCGCCUGCUGCCUCAGGGAUGCUCCAACCACCCUCGUUCUCCCCGCAGCGCCCUGGCUCCUGCCUCCCCCUGCCUGCCAUGGGGCCCCAUCAGCCUGGCCCCACCCCAUGGAGAACCCAAAGUCUUACUGUAUAUAACUCCAGGUGACCUUUCUAUAUUUAUAGCAGUGUUGAAACCCCACGUGUUUUACACAGAGAACUACCCUCUCCAACCCUCCUCCCUUCCCCACCCCAACAAAAGGUUUUCAAAACGCUCCCGGUUCCUGGGGCAGGCAGGGACAGGCUCACGGGCUGUGUGUUGGCUGCGGCAAUGAUUCCAACGAGCAGCUAUCCGGGGGGAAAUACAUUUAAAAAAUAAUUUAAAAAAAGAUUUAUGAAACAAUUACUUAGGAUGUUUGUGAUUUGCCGACCUUGCUAUAGAUGCCAUGUUACCAAUGAUUUCCUGUGGUGGGGGCUUGUCAUUGUUUACUCUUCUUUGCCAACUUCUGGCCUAGGCAUGACAGUGGGCACCAUCCCCCAGCCCCGGCUGGGCCCAGCACCUGUGUUCUGUGUUAGAAAGGUUCUUUAUAUAUAUAUACUUACAUAUAUAUAUAUAAAUAUAUGUAAUUUGGGGGCCCUGUUCCUUGCACAUUUUACAGUUACCUCAUUUUUCCCAUGUAUGUAUUUGAGAAAAUGCUAAUAUAUAGAGAAAAAAAUGGUUCUUAAAGCUUAAAUGUGUGGUUUUUUCCAUUCCAUUGGAUUCACAUUGGUUUGUAGCAUUUAACAUAACUAGUAUGUUUUAUUAUAUAUAUGUGUAUACUGAUUGAAAUUUUUAACAGAUUUGUACUUUUUUUAAAAUGAAAGUUGCUAGUUCUGCUUGACCAAGUAGUGCAAUCAUUAUUUUUUUUAAUAUUGUUGCUGAUUUCAGAGGGAUAUUCACUAAUAAACGUAUGAUGUAUACCAAGUAUUGCCCAA